AUGAAAAACCCUCUCGCCGGCUCACAUCAGCCCGAACCACCGAGUAGUUUGAGCCCAAACCAUCGACUACCAGGCGGCACUCCCCGGGACGCCCCGAUCCUGCGGCCAGAACUGCAGGCUGGAGCCCCAGGGCACCGGGAGGAGCCAAGAUCCCGGGCUAGGAGGAGAAGACUAGGAGGGCCUGCCGACGCGACGUGCAGAGAAUCUUGCCUGCCCCGCGCAGCGCGGCGGCGGGCCGGGCGCGGGAUCGGGAGGAGGGGCGCGGCGGGGAGCAAGGCUCCGCCUGGGGCUGGGGGUCCCGACACCCGAGGCCUCAGCACCCUCAGUCUCAAGGGAGCCCGGAACCCCAGGGCCCUGGAGCGCCGGGCGAUUUGGAGCGAGACUGGGCCCUGGAGAUCAGGGCUCCCCAGGGUCCCAGCGGAGAGCAGGCUCUCCAGGCCUCCCGGACCGAAGGUGGCUGGCGAGUCCUGUCCCGACUCAGACAAGCUUCCUCGCCACCUUCCGGACAAAGUGUCAAGUACAAGUUCAAGUUCAGGGGCAGGCCCCCGGAGGAAGGAGGGUGGGGGGGAGCCAUCCCCAGCUGCCUUUGUUCUCCGGGAUAAGCGCUCCCACGUCCCCCUCCCGGGCGGGGCCCGACAGAUACCCCCGCCCCGCCCCCCCUCGCCGCGCCCCGCAGCAGCCGCUUCCUCCCGCCCGCGCGAUGUCUGUGCCGGGGUCCCAGCGACCCUGCUCAGGGCCACCGAAGGGUCUGGGGGCUCGGGGCGGGGGGAUGUGCGCGGUCCGAGCCCGUGGGAGCCUCCCCAGCCCCGCAGUCCCAGCAGCAAACUGAGCUUGGACGGACGGAUGCCCGCGAGGAGGGAAGCUGAGAGACUGGAGAUCUGGAAGUCAUUUCUGAGCAUGAAAUCUGGAAACCCUUCAGGUCUUAAAACCUUGUUCUCAGCAUCUCGAUAGAGAAGGUUCCAGAGAAGAACCUAAGUGGGCUCUUCAGUUCCAGGGAGCCCCAGUGGCACCAUCCAAACUUGGAAAGGGAAUCAUGUUGAUCACCAGAGAGAGAAUCUCAUCAGAACUAGGCUGCGUGCAGGGGAGGCCACGUGCAAAGAGGCCCCUGGAUGGAGUCCCACAGAGGCACCACUGCCCUGGAGGGAGGGUGUGGCCACAGGUGUGUGGGUCAACGAGACUGCCCUGUUCUCUGGAAGAUCUGCUGCACAGAGCUGCAGGGCAGAAAGCCCUGUGGUUAGACCCGGCCAAGUACUCUUUCACCUGUCCCUUCCCACAUCCCGAUGAAGAGUUGGCUUCGUGUUUAGUUCUCCAGCCUUGGGAGUGAAAAAAUCUAGUUCAGAGGCCUUAACCGUGUGCCCUCCCAGAUCCCACCACAUCCCGGAUUCCCAAGGUGGGGAGCUUGUGUGGGUUCCCAGAGGCCUUUAGAGGCAGCGCGCGGUGGUUUUCUUCGCUUUAGAAGGCAGCAAACGGGUUUUCAAAGCCCCUCUGCUUUGUUUUAGACAUGAUCUCAUGUAACACAGGCCGAGACUGGCCUUGAGCUCCUGAUUCUACUGCCUCUACCUUCCAAUAGCUGGGAUUACAGGAGAGCCAUGCUUUGCUCAAUGUGUGUGAUCACGCUUGUCCCCUCUCCAGAUGCACAAGCCAGGUAAGCACUGUACCGCUGAGCCACGCCAUCAGCACUAGAAUAUUUCCUUCUUCCCCAAUAGCCUCUUCUUCUCCCCCUCCCUCCCUCCC